UAUCGACAAGGUCGUUUGUCAGCAACGCUAGACAAGAAAUAACCGACACUCGAGUACGCAAAGUGGUAUAACUAAUCGAGUUUGAACAACGCGAUGGUGAACAUGAUCCUCAUCGUCCUUGGGAUGGCGCACACAGGGAUCGCCGUGGAGUACCAAAGCAAAGUAUUGUCCCAGAGGAUCUCGCACUUUGACAACCCGCAGGUGGACUUUGGCGUCAAGUACUACGGGGACGAGGGCUACCCCUACCUGGUCGUCAAAGAAGUCAUUUCGCCGUACAACGACCUGCACCUGCUGCUGUACGCCAGGGUGUACGACCAGCCACCCCAUCUCCUCACCAGUGCACCGCUGAGCCUCUGUAAGCUUCUGCACGACGACAGGCUCAGGAGAAACGGCACCCUCGCGCAGUUCAACGUCCCGCAGAUCUACAAUUUCGACGGAAAGAGCUGCCCCAUCGAGCAGGGAAGGAUAAGCCUGUCGCCGUACAUGUUCCCGGCGACGUUCGAGACCGAGGUGAACUUGGGCUGUGGCAUCAUGAACGUGGAAUCCCGUCUGUUGAAGUGCGACGACGGCGAGUCGAGCUACUCCGGGGGUCGCACCUGCGCGACGCUCCUCAAGACCUUGACCGUCGUAUUUCUGCAAAACGAGUCCUGCAAAAUCGACGAGAAGAACGUACCCAACUGGACGGACCUCGAUUCCUCGGUGUAGCGCCACCGCCACGAAAGAUGUUCAUUCGUUCAAAUAAUUAUGUUACUAUAGCUCGCGAUAAACCAUUAUGUACAUGUGUCCCCCCGAUUGUCAACAGCUUCGUAUAUAUGUAUAUAUAUUGGCGUCUGCGUUUC